UACUGUCUUAGGCUGAAACUAUUUAAAUUUUUAAAUAACGUAUUUAUAAAAUGAAACAACUAAACCAAAUCCAAUAGUUAUAGUUUAAAGUAACAACGAGAAAAUCGUUCUUUUAUAUAGACCAACGAGAAUCGCAUAAAGUUUAAUAUGAAGAUAUGAUAAAAAAUAUUGAUUAUUGGCAAAAAUUAAAUGUUCAGAAAAUGGACGAAAAGAUUGAUUCACAUAGGGGCCGUUCAGAUACCACAUGGACAGAAAAAUGAGAUGUUUGACCCCCUCCUCCCCCUCCGUGGACAUUUGGCAAACCCCUGCCUCCCUCCCCGUAUAUCCACGUGGACAGAUUUGAAAUUGUUUUUUUUAAUCUAAUUUGUUAUAAUUAUAAUUAUUAUUAAUUUCAAAAUUAUCAUAUUUAUAACUUGCUUUCAAGUGGCUACUAGUUGCUUAAACUUAAACUGGAAAGCUUUGCAAUUUUAAGAUUUUGAUUAAAACAUCUUAAUAUUUAUUCACCUUAAGAAAAUGUUUUGAAAGUAAGUAUGUCCACGUGGACACUACUCAAACCUCUACCCCCCUCUCCGUGGACAUUUUCAUACCCCCUCUUCCCCCCUAAGUUGUCCAGGUGGUAUCUGAACGGCCCCAUGUUAGUUUUCUCUGACCGACUGACUUUUUUAAAAUGGAAUUAUCAGAUAGAAUUGACUCUCCUACCAGGCUAAUUUAUUUAAAUUUACUUUAAAACAAACUCCAAUUUUUCAAAGGAGUGUUUUUUUUUCAAAAUCAUUUGGAUUUAUGAAAACUUAACUCGAACAAUGUAAAGUUGUCUAUAAUUUAUCGUUCACCCAGAAUGUUGCUCACGCUACAUCGUACUACCCCAGAUGGCAGCAGCGCAGCUUCGAAAGAGCGGAUAGAGGGCCUUCAGCAGACCUUCUGUGUUGAGUUGAGAUUGUUGUUUUGAAAAAGAAAAUCAUUGGAAAGACGACGUCUUGUUGUUUGCCUCUAGCGAGUUGUGUUUUUUUUGUGUUCUGCAGCUGAUGUGUUGAGGCUUGACUGUUGUUGUCGUCCAAUCAAAAGCGUCAAUUUCGUGUUUGCCCGAAUUCGAGGUCAUGUUUGAAGAAUCGACAAGCUAGCCAGACUACGCGAAUCUUUUCUCAAUCCAAAAUUUGCAAACAAGGGCGCCACAAUCAACAAGAGAAAGUGCAAUACAUUCUUGUUGUGGGUACCUUCCGAUGUGGUGCUUUGUUGAGGCGUACAGCGCAUCACAUCAAUCAACGAUCUGCAGUGGAGCUCUCCUCAACAUACAACAACAACAACAAACUGGCACAAUGGAUUACGCGAAGGGAACGAUGGCAUACAUCUGAGGCGUUUUGUCUGUGGAAUGUAUCGAUUCCAUAUCGACAGAACUCUGACAAGACAGCGCUUACGUCACAAAAGAAAUAGUAUAGGUACUUGAAAUGAUAAUUUUAUCAGUCUGCAACUAGAAGCAUCACCUGGACGAAAGGGGGGAACCAUAGGGGAAUGUAUUAAACAUUGGAACCUCUCCUGAAAAAUUUCACCUAACCGAACUGAACCGCAAGGCUAAGGAGAGAUAGUAGCGAGCACUGCGAGAUAGUAGUGCUGCUCACAGCAAAUCCGCAAAAUCAGUACAUCACGCGACACAUUGCGCGACCAUGGGAACUGUGCCGGAGGAACUGAUAACCCUCAACAAUGAAACCAUCAAGUACUCGACGAUUUUCAGCUACAUAGACCAGUACAUCGAUUUGAAUUACUCCAUAUGGCUGUACCGGCUGCUGACCCCACUUAUGUUGACCUUUUUGCUCCCGUCGCUCUUCGUGUUACUCAUUUACCUUUCCAUAUCGUUUUUGUACGUAUACAAACUGCACAGUCGCUUUAUACUGCAAGUCUACAACGAUGGCGAUUUCGACUUUUGGGACGUCGCCCGCACCCUGGUGGCCCUCGUUUGGGACUCGCACGGGUGGAUCUUUCAUGGGUACGAAGUAUGCGGCCUUGAGAAUCUCCCGGUGGAAGGUCCGGCCCUUAUCAUCUACUAUCACGGGGCGAUUCCGAUCGAUAUGUACUAUCUGGUGGCCCGAGUAUACCUGAAACGAUCCCGUCUGGUCUACACCGUGGGAGAUCGCUUCCUGGAAAAGCUACCCGGCUGGAGUUUUCUGGCUCGGGUCAUGAAAAUCAGCCCCGGCACGGUACAAUCCUGUUCCAGCGUACUAAAAGAGGGCAACCUGCUAUCGAUUUCCCCGGGUGGCGUUUACGAGGCCCAGUUCGGCGAUAGCAACUACGAACUGCUCUGGAGAAAUCGGGUCGGCUUUGCAAAAGUUGCGAUCGAAUCGAGAGCCCCCAUCAUUCCAAUGUUCACCGAGAACCUGCGGGAGGGUUUCCGUUCGUUCGGCUUUGCCAAGGGCCUGUUUGUACGGUUGUACAACGCGGUACGCUUCCCGGUGCGACCGGUUUACGGUGGGUUUCCGGUCAAAUUUCGGUCCCACUUGGGGAAACCGAUACCAUACGACCCCUCCCUGACCCCAGAACAACUGCAGGAGAAGGUCGCCUACGCCAUCGAGGAUCUGAUCAACCGGAACCAAAGGAUACCGGGUAGCAUUAUGCAUGGCCUGUUGGAUCGUUUUAUUGCCAAGCGGAAAAACGAUUGAGGAAGAGAUGAAUUGUGAAUAUGUGUCUUGCGCGCAUGUGUAUGAUCGAAUCAUAUGAGUAGGUAUCUGUAUAAGCUGUACUUAUUAAACUAUUAAGUUGUAAAAUAUA